UAAAGAACUUCAGGUAUUGGUGGACGAGGAACCUUCGACGGCUGUGAGGUUCUUUUCUUCUAGACAUUGAGCUGUGUCUGUGCCUUAUUCUUCUUCCUUAUUUUACUGUCAAAGGUCUAAACAAGGUCCUUUCUUCGUUGAUUCCUUCUUUAUUUACGUCCUUGCAGCUAUAAAUAUUGCCAACUAUUUAUCUGGAUUCAAUAUUCAACUUACGCAUGCCCCAUCCAUGACGUAAAAUCCUGGAGUCUUCCCUUUUAUAGACGAAAUCACCGACCACCUUCGCCAUGGUUGGUCAAGUCACGACACGCGGCUUCAGACUAUUUGCUUAUCCAUGCAUCAACUCUAUUUAUAUAUACCACUUUGCGACGUUCUUCAUCCUUUCAAUAACUUGAUCCUGCAAGUUUACCCAAUAGCUUCUCUCCUUUUUCUUUCUUUUUAACCUCUUUUGUUUUAGGAUGAGGAACAGCAAAUUCCAGGAAUAUGAACGUGUGUUUAGCCACUUUGAUGAGAACGGAGAUGGGAAGAUAUCCCCUCGAGAGUUGCAGCGGUGUGUUGGUGCUACAGGUGGGGAGCUGUCGAUGGAGGAGGCGGAGGCGGCAAUUGAGGGCUCGGACUCCGAUGGAGAUGGGUUGUUGAGUUUUGAAGAGUUUGUUAGGUUUGUUGAUGGAGGUGAAGAAGAAGAGAAGAUGAAGGAUUUGAAGGAGGCUUUUAAGAUGUAUGAGAUGGAAGAAAGUGGGUGUAUUACGCCAAAGAGUUUGAAGAGGAUGCUUAGUAGAUUAGGUCAGUCUACCACCAUUGAUGUAUGCAAGACUAUGAUUGCUCAGUUUGAUCUUAAUGGGGAUGGAGUUCUUAAUUUUGAUGAGUUUAAGGUUAUGAUGUUAUGAUUUUAUGGUGAUGAUGUAUAAAUUUAGAUUCAUUGUUGUACAAACAUUAUUUAUUUAUAUAUAAUGACUGAACCUAAU